UCCCCGCCGCCGCUGCUGCCGCCGCCGCCGUCGCCCCCGUCGCCGUCCUUCCAGCAGCGCGGGCCGGUCGGACCGCCCAGGCACCCCGCGCUGGCGAUGGGAAACGGCGCGGCCGUGGACCCAGGUUGUGGCAAAGUUUCCCCGACGCGCGUAUCCGGGCGCGCGGCUGCCGGCCACCCGUGACCGCUUCCAGAAGGGCUAGGAGAUUUUUAAUUUGGAAAAAAUCCACCUCGUUUCCUUUGUCAAGCUCUCUCUCCGGGUGGCCAGCGGCGGGAGCUCCAAACUUGGGCACGGCGGCUCCACCGCAAGCAGCUCCGGCUGUUGGAGGACCUUGGGACUCAGGUGCUCGGGCGCCCAGCGGCCCGGGGCGGGCGAGGGGGUGUGCGCGCGCGGGGGAGUGCCGGCGCGCGGCGAGGAGGGUCCCCCGGGAGCUCUAUAUGGAGGAAGGAGCCCAGAAUGGUGUGCACCAGGAAGACCAAAACUUUGGUGUCCACUUGCGUGAUCCUGAGCGGCAUGACCAACAUCAUAUGUCUGCUCUACGUGGGCUGGGUCACCAACUACAUCGCCAGCGUGUAUGUGCGGGGGCAGGAGCCGGCGCCUGACAAGAAGCUGGAGGAAGACAAAGGGGACACCCUGAAGAUUAUUGAACGGCUAGACCACCUGGAGAAUGUCAUCAAGCAGCAUAUCCAAGAGGCUCCCGCCAAGCCCGAGGAGGCAGAGGCUGAGCCCUUCACAGACUCCUCUCUGUUUGCACACUGGGGCCAGGAGCUCAGCCCUGAAGGCCGGCGCAUGGCCCUGAAGCAGUUCCAGUACUACGGCUACAACGCCUACCUCAGUGACCGUCUGCCCCUCGACCGGCCUCUGCCUGACCUCAGACCCAGUGGGUGCCGCAACCUCUCCUUCCCCGAUAGCCUGCCAGAGGUGAGCAUCGUGUUCAUCUUCGUCAACGAAGCACUCUCAGUGCUACUGCGCUCCAUCCACUCAGCCAUUGAACGCACACCUCCACACCUGCUCAAGGAGAUCAUCCUGGUGGAUGACAACAGCAGCAACGAGGAGCUGAAGGAGAAGCUGACGGAGUACGUAGACAAGGUGAAUGGCCAGAAGCCGGGCUUCAUCAAGGUCGUGCGCCACAGCAAGCAGGAAGGCCUCAUCCGCUCCAGAGUCAGCGGCUGGAGGGUGGCCACCGCCCCCGUAGUGGCACUCUUUGAUGCCCAUGUGGAGUUCAAUGUGGGCUGGGCUGAACCUGUGCUCACCCGCAUAAAGGAGAACCGGAAACGGAUCAUCUCCCCCUCCUUUGACAACAUCAAAUAUGACAACUUUGAGAUAGAAGAGUACCCGCUGGCCGCCCAGGGCUUUGACUGGGAGCUGUGGUGUCGUUACCUGAACCCCCCCAAGGCCUGGUGGAAGCUGGAGAAUUCGACCGCCCCAAUCAGGAGCCCUGCCCUCAUUGGCUGCUUUAUUGUGGACCGGCAGUACUUCCAGGAGAUCGGCUUACUGGACGAGGGCAUGGAGGUCUACGGAGGCGAGAAUGUCGAGCUGGGGAUCAGGGUGUGGCAGUGUGGCGGGAGCGUGGAAGUCCUGCCUUGUUCUCGGAUUGCCCACAUUGAGCGAGCCCACAAGCCCUACACCGAGGACCUCACAGCCCAUGUCCGCAGGAAUGCCCUCAGGGUGGCUGAAGUCUGGAUGGAUGAAUUUAAAAGCCAUGUCUACAUGGCAUGGAACAUACCCCAAGAGGACUCUGGAAUCGACAUUGGGGACAUCACCGCAAGGAAGGCCCUGAGAAAACAGCUGCAGUGCAAGACCUUCCGAUGGUACCUGGUCAGCGUGUACCCGGAGAUGAGGAUGUACUCGGACAUCAUUGCCUAUGGAGUGCUGCAGAACUCUCUGAAGACCGAUUUGUGUCUUGAUCAGGGUCCAGACACAGAGAACGUUCCCAUCGUGUACAUCUGCCACGGGAUGACACCGCAGAACGUGUACUACACGAGCAGUCAGCAGAUCCACGUGGGCAUCCUGAGCCCCACGGUCGACGAUGAUGACAACCGGUGCCUAGUGGAUGUCAACAGUCGGCCACGGCUCAUCGAGUGCAGUUAUGCCAAAGCCAAGAGAAUGAAGCUUCACUGGCAGUUCUCUCAGAUCCUGUUGGUGUAUGUAUUACACAAAUAAUUUUGAUGACUGGACUGGUAAACCAAGGAACUGUGCUCUCCAUGGACGGCGGGGCUGGCCAGGGGAUCUGCAUCAAGCCCCAGCCCUUCAGAGCCCAAGGCCCGGCCCAGGGGCUGCUGGAUGGGCCUGGGCUGUGAGGACAAGAGACUGCAAACAGGCAUCCUUGCUUCCUUCCUUCCUCCAACACUCCAUGCCUCACACAGCAGCCAGAGUGGCCCGGUUAGCAUGUCAGUCCGACCCUGCAAUGGCCCUGUUACCAGAUUAAAAGCCAAAGUCCAUUCAGUGGCUGUGAGUCCUCACUGAGUCCUCACAGAACCUGCCCCUACCUCACCUCUUGGGCCUUAACUCCUACUCCUGCCCCACGCCCGCACUGCCCAAUGGCCUCCACGCUGGUCUUUGUGCUGUUCUCUGAACACACCAGGCCUCUGCUGGUGCGAGAGCCUUGCUCUGGGGCAUAGGACUACCCCCAGAUCCCACCUAGGCCACCUUCUCUCCCCCUUUGUGUCUUCACUCAACUCUCCCCUUCUUGUUGACGAUCACCCUGGCCACCUCUUUCUUCUGCCUGCCUCCCGCCGGCCCCACUCUCUUACCUGGUUUGUCUGAGGCCGUUCAGGCUAGAACACAAAGACCAUCGACUGAGUGGCUUACACAACAAACAUUUAUUUCUCACAGUUCUGAAGCCUGGGAGGUCCAAGAUCAAGGUGCCAGCAGAUAGUGUCUGCUGAGAACCCUCUUCCUGGGUUGCAGGUGUUCCCUUUCUCAUUGCGUCCUCACAUGGCAGAGGGAGACGGGCAUCUCUGUUGCGUCUCUUCUUAAAAGGGCACUAAUCCAAUUCAUGAGGGCUCCACCCUCAUGACCUAAUUACCUCCCAGAGGCCCCACCUCCAAAUAUCAUCACAGUGGGGAUUAGGACUUCAGUAUGAAUUUUAAGGGCUCACGUUCAGUCCGUUUUUGUGCACAGCCUGAUCACUCUCUAACACACCACAGAACUGACUGUUUGCUCCCCCUCCUGGAAUAUAGUCUCAGUCUUUGUCUACAGAAAAAGAUCUGUUCCUGUUUAGUCACUCCUGAAUCUCCAUGGCCUAGAGUUACACAGUAACUGGCACACAGUAGGUACUAAAUAUCUGAUGGAUGGAUGAAUAGAUGGAUGAAUCAUGUGUCUGCAGCGAGCCCUCAAAAGAACUAGCCCAAACUGGCUCCGCAGAGCCCCUGAAGCCCACGAAGGUGACCUUCCUCCACCCCAGACAUCGAGGCACCCGCAGAGCUCAGUCUAGUCCGCUGCCUCGAGACAGGCAUGGGGCGGGAGAGAUGACGUGGUGGGCCUAGCCACACAUGCUAGUGAGGAACAGUGAAUGGGGCUUACUGACGACGUGACCCUGGGUGCGUGUCCCAACCUUUCUGAGCCCUAGUCUCCAGUUCUAUGCAAUGCGGACAAUUACCAUCUCCACCCCUCAGGGUUAUCAUGAGGAAUACGUGCGACUGGGCAUGUGGAGCAUUUGACACAGUGCUGGGAGCCUGGGAAAUCAGUGGCAACAGCUGUUAGUUCCAUCUCAGUGCAGAGCCUGCAGGGAGGGGUACGGAGAGUCACAGCACCAGGCUGCUCCCCAGGGUGUGCUGAGCUCACCAGGGAAGGAUGGACUGCAGGAAAGGAAGGCUCCUUUGCAAUUGUGGUGGAUGGAAUCUGUCCAGAGAGGGUGAGAGCCUAGAGAUUAUUCACUGAGAGGGGCUGGGGUCCGCGAAGGAGGACAGGAGGGAGGCAGCACCGGUGGCCAGUGCUAGCUCCCUCACCAAAGUGGCCUGCCUCCUCCUCCUCUAGCCCAGAUAUGUUCCCAAGACAUUGACCAGGGCUGCUCAGCGAGGCCUCCACACGGGCCUUACUCUUCUGCUCUAGAAGAUUCUCCUCUUGGAGCCUCUAGGGAGGAAGCUCUCCUUGACUGCCUGCUUCACCCUCCCUGACAGGCCCUGAUGCUCUCACUGAGGUUGUGUCUCCUUCACAGCACUGCUCUUGGCCUCGCUCUGUUUCUUCCACAUCCUUCCCAGAGGCCACACUGGCUGCUUCUGCCCCAGGGUCACGACACUUCCUGUCUCCAGGGUCCUGAGGGCCAGGAUGGGGUCUGGGAAAUGUCACAUUUGAGUCUCUGAAGGAAUGCUUUCCUUCUCAGAGACACUCCUCCCUCUCUUGGGCUUGGCAAGGCGCCCCUGUGAAAGGCUUAGAAUGUGCCUGAGUGGUAGCAGGAAAGGAGAGACUGCGCCUUCUCUGUUUUGGACAAGUUUCCCCAAGUUUAUUGAUCCAGGGUUGACGGAAGCAGCCCGGCCACUGGCACACAGGCCCGGGCCAGCCCCUGAGGAGAUUCUGAGAAGCCCAUCUUCAGCAGAGUGAAUGGGCACUUGCUCUGGUCCCUUUUCUGCCUGUUGUGCAAUUUUUCCGGAGCCCUCAUCCUGAUACACACUCAUUGGUUGUUUUAUAGCUGAUGGAAGGGUUUCCCAUUCCUCCUUCUCUCGUCCUUCAGUAGUCAGGACAGAAAUUACCAUCUGGUCCUAGACACAAUGGAACCAGAGUGGAGAGCAGCUCACCCAGGGCCACCAGCUAACAACCAGGAAGGAAGCAUCGUAGGUCAGCACCGCCCCUUCCCAUCUCACAGCCAGAAAGGCCGGCAGAGCUCAUGAAUUAGUGAGUGGGGCUGGUCUCAUUCGCACCCUGCCUGAGCUCCACUCCUAGCGACAUGGGUCUGGCACGCCGCCAGCUGACGGAGUGUUGGAGGGUCAGGGGAGCCUGGCCACACAUCUGCCAAAGAAGCAGCGGUGACACAGCCCAACCCGGAUGUGGGCGACAGGUGCGCUCAGGCCACGGCAACAGAAACGGCAGAAACCUGUGCCUGGCAGAGCCAUGGGCUGGCCUUGCUUGGAGCAGAUGUCACAAGGGAUGUCUCUGGGUCUGCAAGUCCAGCUUUUGAGGGACAGAAUGGGGUCCCACAGCUUCCAAGUGGACUACUUGAAGCUAUCAACCUGUCGUCAGCCCAGGAGCAUGGCGUGGCCACCGAAAGCACUGAUUCAUUGGCUGUGUUGAAGGAGUCUGUUGUCCAGUGGAAAUGAGGUGGUGGCCCUCUGCUUGGCAGUCAGUUCUGAGUGACACAGAGUAACUGGAGUUUGUCCAAAGGAGAGCAGGCGGGUUGGAAAAAUUAUACAAAAUUGUUGCUCAGUUCCUUGCGGAAGUUUAAACUAGAAAGGCAUGGAACUCGGGGGACAUGAGCCCUACCUUCCCCUAUUGGAAGGGAAAGGGUGGAGAAGCAGGAGCAGACCCACGUGUGGGAACCUCAGGGGGGCAGUCUGGGGCCCGUUGCUGGAUGCCUCCACGACAAGGAUUUGAGUUGAAUGCUCCCGGGCAGAGCAGCAUGGGAAAGAAAGUGCUGGUUCAGGAGGCUACGUGAGUCACCCCUGGAGGAGGCCCAGCAAAGCUGGAGGCCCCAGGCCGAAGUAGAGGUCACCCAGGUUGCUGAUUAGAGCAAGAGGGUCGGCCUUCAGAGUGAACUCCACAUGCGGACUGCAGGGUCCUUUCUGAUCCCUUGUCUCACGGCCACUUGUUCCUCUGCCCCCUCAGGGCCUGAGUCAGCCGGUGUCUCUCUGGGUGAGAGAUGAGCUUGCUGUUUGGGUUUGCUCUUUGCACUGGUGUCUCCCUGCUCUUGGGUGCAAUGAGUCACGGCUCUCCUCAGGCGCACAGCAGGAGAGACCUGCUUUCUUCCCUUGAAUAUUCCAGAAGAAAUUUGCUGGGCCAUCUUCCACCCACUGGAAACUGGGAAUUCUCUUCCUCCUCCCCAACACACGCACAGACAGACCCCCGAUCCCCUUUGCCAUCCAGUCUCUCGCUACCUGCCUCCUUCACCUACUGUUCAAAGCCACUUCUGAGGGAGCUGAAUUUUUUUUUUGUCUUAAUUGUUUAAUUGAAGAAUAGCACACGUACAUACAGAAACAUGCACAAAAUGUAAAUGUUCAACUCAGUGGUUUAGAGCAAAGCAAACACCUGUACUGCCACCAGCCAGGUCAGGAAAUAGCAUACCAUCAGCAUCCCAGGAGCCCCUCUCUUGCCUCCUGUCAAUCAUUUUUCCUCUUCCCCCUCCUUAAAGAUAACCCCCAUCCUGGCUCUAACACCGUGGUCCUAUUUUGCCUGUUUGGGGGGUGUAUAUAAGUGGAAUUAUAUAUGUGUUCUUUAUCUGGCUUCUUCUGCUAACAUGAUAUUUGUUAGGUUUAUUCAUAUUGAGUGGAGCUCUAGUUUGUAUAUUUGUGAUGCUGUACAAUAUUCCGUUAUGUGACUAACCACAAGUUAUUUAUCCAUUCUACUAUCGAUGGGCACUUGGGUUGUUUCCAGAUUGGAGCUUUUACAAAUCACGUUGCAGAAAGCACUCAGGUGCUUGUCUCUGGUGCAUGCAUUUGUGCUAGGUACAGACCUAGUGUGGGAGUGUUGGGUCUCGGAGAUGCGUGUGUCCAACCGCGGUAAAUACUGCCAGUUUCCUAGGUCGCCGUGAGAACUGAGUCUUUAUGUUCUCUGAGAUGUCAGUCAUCACCAUGGGGAUAGUGGUAGCUGAUUGGGGAUGACCCCUUUCAGAAGAAGUUCGCGGUCUCCUCUCCCAGCAUGCUGUUCACUGGAAUGGGCAUGGGAUGUAGCUGGGGGUAGGCUGCAGUCAUAACAGGCAGGGGCCUCCCUCCCCCUGCUGCCAGGCCUGCUCAGGGCCACUCCAGAGUGAAACACCUGUGAAACACAGCAGCCCUCUCUGGAGACCCAUCCCUCCUCACCUAUGCAGAUCAUGACCGCCAACAUUUACUGAUCAUCUGUUAUGUACCAGUCUUUUGGCUGGAUGCUGAGGGCACAGAAAUUGAUAAGACAUAGAGCUGUCAGUAUGGGAGGGUGAGGGGGAGACAAGUAAACUAGUAAUUCCACUACCGUUCAAUCAUGCUGGGCGAAUAGAGAAAACACGAUGAAAACACGGGUGAAUAGCACCUCGCUAGCUGGGUGGCCUGGAGGAGAAGAGGUGGGAGGGGCUGAGGUGAGAGAUAAGGAGGCUUCUGGAAGAAAUGGAGCAGGAGCUUAGCCUUGAAACGUGACUGUGCCUUGGCCUGCUACGGAAGCAUGGAGAAGGACCCCCAGCACAGGACACGGCUUGCUUGAUGUCUAGGAACCCUGAUAAUACAGAAAUCUUUACACAACUGCAGGAAGUUUGGUGUGGCUGCACAAAAGGUGUGGGGGCUGAGGGAGGAGAUGAGGCCAUGAAGGCCUGUGCUAAGGAACUUGGGCUCUGUCCUCUAGGCCAAACGUACAUUUCAGAGACAUCACUGUUCCCUGCCUCUGGAGGUCAGAGGGGCGUCAGCUAGGAGGCUGAUGCAGUUGUCCAGGGGACAGAAGAUGGUGGCCUGAACGCAGGCAGGGUUGUGAUGUGAUAGCAAUAAGGGGACAGUCACCAGGCAAGAGGGAUGUGGAAUUGGCAGGACUUAGUGCCUAAUCAGAUGCUGGGGAGAAGGCAGAGGUGUCAGUGAGAAUGCCCAGGUCUCCCACACGAAUGCCUGGCUAUUGCUUUUGGGGGAAAUUAUUUAUGGAAAAUAUUUAUAACUGAGGUGGUAAACACAAGAGGAGUAGAUUCUGGGGAGAAGGUGAGUUUGAACACCUACUCAAGUGCCAUUAAGCUACAAAGAGUGCACUUAUAAGGACCACCACCUACCCCAAGCAAUUCCGCCUGCAGAAUUGGUAUAACUCCAAGAUACUCAAAUAGUCCGGGCUGAUGCUCAGACUUACUACAGCCAGCAGCCUCAGAGUGUCUGAGCUCUGCAAGGGCCUCACUAAAAUAAACUUACUGGGCUCCUCUUUGCUGCCAUGGGGCUGCUCUGGGGAGCAGCACCUCUCUUCCUUCAAGAGCUUUGGGCAUAAACUGAGUGUGCAUAACUACAGAACAUUCUAGAACAUCAGUAGCAUGGGGGAAAACCAUGCAUGCCCAGGGCUGAGGGAGCCCAGUGGCCUAGGAGACAUAUCCAGGAGCCUGAGUUUGGUGGAGACCAACACUGAUGACUCUAGAGGUCCACUUGGGUACAUGGACCCUAAAAGCAGGAAGUCCUGGGCCUCUGGUGGUGGUCAAAUUCAGGCCAGUCAUGGGGAGGGGAGUCCCAAGGAACUAGACUUUUCAGAGCAGGACCCCAGCCCAUGCCUAUGGGGACCAGGGCCUGGCCCCCAGGGUGGGAGCUAUGGGAGCACACCAGCAUGCCACACCCCAGCAAGUGGAUGGAAGUUGGGGCAGGGUGUCUCCAUCCUAAUGAAGAACUAGGGCCCUGUGAAGAAAACCAAGGCACAUGUUCGGUCUCAGGGAGGAGACCAACACAUCAGAGAAGGGCAGCCUGAGGCUGCAUGGGAAUGCUGGCCCCCACACCUCCCGUAGCCUCUCUGGACCCCAGGCAUCUGGACCCACCGAUAACUCUAGGCCUGAGGUCCCCCCCCAGAUUCCCCUGUUUCGUCUAUAGCCUCUGACUCCACUCUCUGC